AGUAUUUAUAUUUAAAAACAAAAUGUCGCUUAAAUAUGAUUUCACCGGAAAGGUAGCUCUGAUAACUGGUUCGAGUUCGGGUAUCGGUGCGGCCACUGCUCAACUGUUUGCCAAAUCGGGUGCCAAUGUUGUAGUUACCGGUCGUAAUGCUGACGCUGUGGCCAAAGUGGCCAAACAAUGUUCAGUUGUUUCGCCGAAACAGUUGCCAGCACUGGAAGUUGUCGGCGAUCUGACUAACGAUGAGGACUGCAAUCGACUGAUUGAGACAACUGUCCAAACGUUUGGCAAAAUUGAUAUAUUGGUCAACAAUGCCGGCGCUGGUAUUAUGGCGCCAAUUGAUGCCACAGAUUAUAUGGAAAAGUUUUCGCUGGCAUUGAAAACCAAUUUGAAUUCAGUGGUAUAUAUGACACACAAAUGUGUGCCAUAUUUGGCCAAAACUCGGGGCAAUAUUAUCAAUAUAUCGAGUAUUGCAUCAAAAAAAUCAGGAUCUACUGGUAGUUCCCCGUACUGUAUGUCCAAAGCCGGGAUCAAUAUGUUUACCAAAUGUAUGGCCGCAGAGUUGGGACCCAAACGUAUCAGAGUUAACGCAAUACUUCCCGGAGCUGUUGACACCAACUUUAUGACUAUAUUUGAUUUGCCGAAAGAUUUAAUCGGCCAAAUAUACAGUAAUAUUGGCCAGAAAUAUCCGGUCGGUAGGGUUGGCCAGAGUCAGGAUAUUGCCUAUACUGUUGCCUAUUUGGCCAGUGAUAGUGAGGCCGGGUUUAUAACCGGCAGUAUUGUUGUGGCCGACGGCGGAGAUAUUGUUGCCAAUGUAUCGUAUGAAUAG